GCGGGACAGUUGAUGGGAUGCAGAGAAGAGGGAGGAAGACUCUGCUGCUGCUGCUGCUGCUGAUGUUUGGAGGGACUGAGAGAGACAUGGAGCUGCAGCUGACAUGAGCCUCACAGGUGAGAGGAAACACUUUACUGCAGUUUAGUUUCACUGAGGCUGUUUAAUCCUCCAAUGUUUCCCACAGGUGUAUUUAACCUUAAUCAGUUUUAAAGCUGAACUAAGGUGGAGUGAUGCUGUUAUGGUUUGUUUAUGCUCAGCUGUGGUCAGACAGGUGGUAGGCUAACAUGAGUAAGUUUAUGAGCCUCAAACCAUCAAAUUAAAAUAACACCGACUGUCAGAUUAUGUCCUGUAAAGUUGAAGAACAUACCAAGCUAAGAUGAUUUCUAUUAUCUUUAUCAUUAAAGCUCCCAUAAGGGGUUUUUAACUUUUAUUAAAUAGACUGAAACUCAAACUGAUGCCUUUUUAUGAUAUUGGAAAGAAAACAAAAUCAUUUGCAACAAGAUUGAAGAUUUUUAUCUCCUAAUUUUUGACUCCUGAAAUCGCUGUGAGGGGGUAGGUGUCAGCCUUUCAGCCAAAGAAACAACUAUCUUUACAAUUUCCACUUAAAAUAUUCACGAUAAGUGACACGUCUGACGGUCAAAGUUGGCAAGAUGAGGUUUUUUUUGUUAUGAAGAGGAUAAGAAAUGCACUUUAACCACAGGGGGGCGCCAGAAUCGACACAAACAAAAACUUCCUCAUUGCAGCUUUAAGAUAUUUGACAUUGAAAACAAGAUAAAAGCCUGAUAAUGUGAUGAUCUGAAUAACUGCACCAUUACGUGUUUUGAAGUUCAUAUCCUCACAAGCUGUUUUAACGACAUCCCAACACAUGAAAAAUACAUGAAAAAUCUGCACUUUUUUGUUCGGAUAUGAGCAAUAACACAUUAAAAUUGGACUUUAAAUCCUCAAAACUUUCAAUAUUUCUCUCUUAAAUGCUCUUACUCCCUGAAAAUGUCCCCGUCAGUGCUGUGUGUUUCCUCAGCUGCAGUCUCUGUUUAAUGUCGGCGUGUUUUAUGAUGGAUCAUUGUAUGAAAGAGAGAAUGAGACCGUUAUUUCAGAGGAAGCUCUGCUGCCAGAGAGGAUGUAGCUGCUCACAUUGUUGGUGAGUGAGAUCAUCCGUGAUCUCCAGAUUCAAACCUCCCUCCUCUGGAUGGACGCUCACACCCAGAGAGGAGAUCUGGUCCUGUUUGGAUGAAAGGUCUUCACACUCAUAUUUCAGGCUCUGUGGAGGUGAAGCAGUGUCAAAAUCCAAAGAUCGACUCCUAUGUCAACAUUUAGAGCGCAGUUCUCCUCCUCCGAUGCCGAAUUCUUGAACCUGCAUAGUGAUAAGUGAACCUUUAGACUGCUUCUCUUAUCAGACUGAGAUGGGAAUUUGACUCCUCAGGCUUUAAGUUAUCUCAACUGGAGGACAAGUCUUACUUCAUCCUCACUUUAACGACAAGACUGUGGACCACAGCAUGAAAAUGUAAGCAAAUUAUCACCUCCAGAGACGCACACACUCCCAUUUAUUUCCUUUUUCCUUUUCAGCGCGACGGAGCUUUGAAUACACGGAGUGUCGACAGCUAUCAGUUAGAACAAGAGCAUUUUUACAGAGCGGCAUGCAAAUGAUCUGAGUUAAAGGGUGUAAAAGGAUAUGCAAUAUGUGUGACACAAAGUAUUACAGAGGGUGAAUUCAUGCAGGAGAGAGUGAAGUGUCCGUUUAAGAGAGGAAAUGCAAACACAAGUUUUAUCUCCUAAUUUUCGUAAUAUAUUGUUUUCAUAUGAGAUAUUUUCUUAUGCCAGUCUCCGCUAAAGGAUGUCAUGGUUGUUGGAUGAUCAGAGAAGGAUUCAGGGGAGAAAAGCCUCCAUGAAACGCUGCCUUCUUAAAGCUCCUGUCAGGAACUUUCAGUUUGUGUCAACCUUGGCGCCCCCUGUGGACAAAAAUGUACCUCUCCCCUGGAUAUUAUUUCGUCCCGCUCAUGGCAAGACCAAAAAAAGCCCCCCCCCCAGAUUCCUCUUAAUAGUCAAAUAAAUAAAUCAUGGUAAAUAUUUACUGAUGAAAAUGUUGAAAAGAAAAGGUAGCGACCUCAGCAAGCUGUCAAUCAUCUAGUCUGACACGCCCCCUCACAGCGGUUAGAAGUAGGUGGUUUUAUACAUUCUCCAACUACUAUCCAAGUUUCCAAACUUGGUCCCUUUCUUGGACUUGAACUCUCGAACCUCUGAAUUCCCAACUUAAGUCCCUGCAGGGACUGAACUAUUAAUGACCCCUGUAACUCGCAGAGGGGACACACUGCUCUGUCCGCUCACUCAUGUUGUUUCCUUCUCCGUCAAAGUCUUUUCUGAGGUUGUGCUCACUCUUAAAUGUGCGUCACUUUGGACUAAAACGACUGCUUUAAAAGGUUUUACUCAUUUUUAUUGUAAAGGAGCAUUAAAUAAAUAAAUCACAGCUGAUGCUUUAUGACGGGAAUCCUUCAAAGAGCGUCACUGAACACUUAAAGUUCAAUGAUUUUCAAAUAGAAGAUAGAUCCAGAUUGAUCUAGUUGACACAAAGAAGUUUACUAAAUUGUUUCUCUGUUUUAUUUGUAAGUUAAGAUUUAUGCUGCUGUUGAUAUUAAUUGAUACAUGCAUGAAAUAAUAGACUUUAAAUGCUAUCAGUGUUAACAGACUGUGAAGCAAAAAGAUUUAGAGCUCCCCCUGUUGGCCAGCCCAGGAGCCAAUGAGAAGUCUUUCCCUCUGUCACCUUUAACCUCUCACAGAGCCUCUUAAAUGAACUUCUUCUCACACAGGUUUUCACCAACAGGGUAACUUCUUUUGUCUCCGUUUUGUUUCCAUGUGAACAUCAGAAACUCUCGUCCAUUCAUAACUUUGUGCUCUGAUCUUAAUCUGCUGAUGAGAUCUUGAUUUCAUGUUGUCGUCGCUGCGGUCGGUCGCGGCUCCAGGUUUCCUCUUUACGGAUCUCUCUGCUCUUUGUUCAGCUAUGAUACCUGGCUGCCACUACUGCUCGUGCUAAACGCUGAAAUAUUUACUCAAACAAACCUGCUCUGCUGUUGGAAAUGUAAACUAUGUUACCUUCUGUGGCCCUGGAGAGGAUUUAUUUUCAGGAAGUCUUAUUAUAUAUGAGUUUAUAUACAGCACAUCACUGCAGUUCAGUAUCAGUGUCCUAGUUCAGUAUGAAAGUCUAGUUAACUCCAACAUGUGCAGUUUUCUUCUUCUUCAACAUGAAACAUACUCAGUCAAACGCUCACUCCUCUCAUGUUCGCUAAACUAAAAGCAGAGUUUCCCCCCCUCCUGCACUUCCUGCAUUUGUUUCCAGAGUCUUAAAUCUCUGCUAAUGUUUCAAGUCAAGGCUGAAAAUCCUGGUUCACUCUUCCUAUUUUCAUGUCUAGUUAUCGCUCAGCGUUCGUAUAGAGGAGAAUUUUCUAGUCAUACAGGUCUCUGCUGAAGUUCAAGAUCAGCCUGUGGCACAAACUUUGGCUGUCAUUUAAAAACGGUAUCAGGUUACCAGGUUAGCGGAGAACAACAGGACAGUUUUUGUACAUUUUCUAGUGGCUUCAUAACAAAAAACCGUGCCUAAACUGGCUGACAACUCAUGGCAUAAACAAGUGGCACCAAUUACUAAUUGAAGGAUGAUGUUGUACGUUAAAUCUUUGGAUACAGCUUAAAAACUCAGUCUGUUAGAAGAACCAGUGAGCUGCUCUAAGUAUAUUUACAUGCUGUUUAAAAAGUGGAUUUAUUUCAUUAUUCUGACUACAGCUGGACUUCUGAAACACUUAUAAACACUUGAGUCCAACUGAAAUCACACUAAAUCAAACUUUUAAUACCAAAUGAUUGUUAUAUGGCAGACAUACAAACUGGGAUAAGACAACAAUCCAGUUUAAUUGUCUUAUUUAGUCACUGCGGUACCUCAACGUCACUGGGCUCAUACUGGCUGUUGCCUGGAUUGCAGGACAGACUCUUGCUCCUCUUUUUGCCAUCAGAGAUGAUCCGAUCCUGAUAACUGUUAUUAAUCCCUGACUUUCAAGACCAGCCUGACACCGAAGCUGACUUUUAUUCACACAAUGUUUAUUCAUGUAAAAUGUUAUCAGCUGCGAAUGUUUUUGCCACAGUGUCAACAGGCAGAAGAGAAAAGUGCUGGGACUUUGAUUUGACGAGUGCGACUCGGUUCUCUCUGGUGUUGCUUUAACCUAAGGGGUUCAGAUCAAUCAGGAUCAAGUCUUUAACGCGGGCCCCGAUGGUAAAGUCUCGUUAGCUUGUUUUUGCCAAAGUCAGUUUGUUUACAUGACACUCGAGAAAACAGAAUUAUUGUCUUACUUAAGUGUGUGUAAACACCUUAGUCUGACUUCAAUUGAAGUUUGAUAACUCCGAUUAAGACACCCAGAUGAUGUGAUAUGAAUUCGAUUUUCUCUACCAUGUAACCAGCGCAGUCAGAAUAUGAUCUGACAAUGCAUGUGCCCCCGUAACCCUCACCCUCAUCUGCAGAAAAAGUAGCGUGUACAUCAUGUACGACAAAAACAACGCUGUACGAUGCUCCAUCUUCUUGCUCGAAAAUGCCCAACAGCAGUUGUAGACACUUCUGACGUCUGACACGGACCUGCUGUUGUUGUUGACAGCUGUAUGGGGUUGGGAACAGCGCCACUGAAAAGACCCAUAUCGCCCCCUAGUGUUGGGAGGAGGACACGUUCACGUCAAUGUAAACGCAGUGAGUGACCACGGGCAGAAGGGAAACUCUCACCUACAGAUCAAACCCAUAAGACUUGUUUAUUCAGGUUGGCGCUGGUUUAUGUUGUUGGGGAUCACUCACUGUUGGUAUGGUGGUUCAACCAAUCAGAACUAGGUAUUUGACACAUUUGAUAGGAAGUUUAAUGAACUAUCUCCAAAAAAUGAUGUAUCAGCAUCAUUAUUUUUUAGCCAAACAGAACUGUUAGCAAACCUUAAGAUAUAAAACAAGAACCAACAUCUUAAGUUCAGAAAAAUGGCAAAAAAAAACGUCGUAAACACAGUCGAGGCUGGAGAACAGGAAGUCAGUUUAACUCCACUACUAUUGUUGAGACAGUACGCCUUGUUUUGAUCUUUUAAGUGAUUUUACUUUGUAGUUCGGAGGUUUAGAAAAUGACAAAUAAGCUCCAGCUAAAACCCUCCAGUAGUAAUGAGCGGCUCGUUCCUCCUCCUGGAGCUGGAGCUCAGAUUUAGCUCUUGUUGUGGUGUGUGAGGAAGUCUGAAGUCAUGACCGAACACACUCUUUUGAAGGAUAGAUCCCUCUCUCUUUACUGUUGACCACAAUAACCUGACAAAUCACAAAGUAUUCAGGAUCCUGAAGAAGUGACCUGUAAUUACAUCUUUUAUGUCUCAGACGGCAGGUUUUUAAAACGCGGUCAUGUCACGAUCUCUCUAAGACACGUGAAUGAAACCUUUAAAUUAAACAGUUCCCGAUUCUUCCUCUUGGACUUUGUUGGUUCAGUCCGGCUCUUUUUCAGGUCUACAACAGAGUAAAGAUCUCUCUGGGUCCACGCUACCACACCUCCUGGAGCUGAUCCUUGAGGGGUGGGGGGUUACAAUCUUAGUCUUCCAGACAACCUCCCGGUGAAGGAGGCUCCGGCUUUAUCUUGGAGUAAUGUUUGUUUAACUCCCAUCUGCCAAUUAAGUGCACCGCCUUCACGUGAGAGUCACGGCAGCAUCUGUUUCCUCUCCCACAGCCAAACACUGGACCCCUGAUCCCUGGUGAACUGUGUCACCAUGCCAACUCCCACAAUCCUCACAGCAACCAGGAGUCCUUGGAGAAGUUGUCAGGUUUACGAGCGCAUUUACAUCUGAGUGAGACUCCGCUCGGUCGUCAGGUGGGUGAGAGCGACUGAAGGAAGAUGCAUUCUGGAUUUAUGUGACGAUAAAGUCGAAUGUUUUGUGGUUUUUCUGUUUCAGAGAUGGUUUCCUGGCGGGAUGUCCUGCUGGUUCUCCUGUUCCUGGUGAGGAUUGGACUCGUAGGUGGGUGCGUUUGUCCAUCAGCCACCAUCUUGUCCCAGUUUCCCUCUUCGGUUCCUGCUGACGCCUGUUGCUUGAACUUUUCCGGCUCUGCUUUCAGCCGCGUGCAGUGGUCAGUGUUUACGAAUGAGACAAACAUCCAGACUCUGGAUCUCUCUCACUGCAAUAUCAGCUCUAUUAAUAUCACAGACAAAGAGGCCUCCACUCUGCAGAGGGUUUAUUUGGAUCAUAACAGACUAAAGGAGCUGCCCAAGGACUUUCUUUCCAGCCAGCCUCACCUGGUGGAGGUAAACCUGAGUGAGAACCUGAUUCAGAAACUUCCUGAAGGCUUUCUUAAAGACUCAAAGAACCUCCUGAGGUUGUAUCUGCAGAGGAACCAGCUCCAGAGCCUCCCAGCCUCUCUACUGCAGAAACCAAAUCUGCAAACUCUAGAUCUGUAUGGGAACCCCUGGGACUGCUCCUGUUUGCUGCUGGAGGGCCUGGAAGAAGGCGAGAAGGUGAACAGAUCCAUCAGAGUUCAGGAACUGGUGGCGAACUUGACCUGCGUGUCUCCGAGGCACCUCGCCGGCAGAGUGGUGUUGUCGGUGAGGCUCAGCGACGUGUGCCGACCGGCCGGCCUCACUGCGCUCUUCAUCGUGCUCCCUCUUCUCAUCCUCUCAGCUUUGAUUCUGUGCUGGUGCUGCGGGAGGAAGAGGACCAAGAAGGAGAUACCUCUGAGCACCUCCAAGAAAAGACCAUCUAGCUUGAGUAGCAACGGCCAAAAACACCACAAGAAGCAGCAGCAGCAACCUGCAGCCGCAGCUCAGAGUAAAACCGGACACAGUGAGGGGAUCCUGAAGAACCAGCUGCUGCUGCGCCCAUCCUCCACCCUCCUGGGCAGCACCAGAGACAUCUAUGAGGAGGUGGAGAUCAAACUGGGCUCAGUGGAGUCUCUCCCCAGACAGCCUUCAUGCUCUUCUUCCACAGAGGAGAAACAGGAUCCACAGGAGACCGACGGGGUCAGUAAGACCGAGCUGGACACGGUCAGCGUGACGGAGGUGAUGAAGGACUCAGCAGACAGGGAGAAGGCUUACCUGACCCAGUCCACUGAGUACUACAGCCUGGUGCCGGGAAUCGAGCUGGAGGACUCAGACCACGGGGAGUAUGAGAACAUCAGCCUGUCGUGACACCUACAACAUUUUGGGAAAUACGUUUCUGCUGAUAAUUAAAUGAGAAGAUUUGCAAAAACUGCAGAUCUGAUAUUCUGUAUCAGCUCCUCAAUAUGAAGGAUAAGGUCUAAAAGUGACACAUUUAUAUACGGAAGUGAAAAUGUCGGUCGCUUAAUAAUAUAUUCUGUCUGUCCUGCUUAUUUGCCAGAAGUGGUUUUGACAGUUCGACUUCAAAAGGACCAAAUAAUGUAAAUGUUUGUGAGUGAAAACAACAUUUUGAAUCCAGAUUAUCAGGGAAUUUAAACACAGAGCUGUAGCCCAACAAAGCAUAACUAAUAAUAAACUUACUGGACUGUAUAAAGUAAACAAACAAACCAAAAUAAAUCCCAAACUUUAGCCUGUUUGACAAAUUAUUGACAUAUUUAUUCACUUUUUCACAUCAAGUAUUAACUCUGAGUGAUAAAUUUGACUGUAAAAUGACAACAGAAGGCUAGACGAGAUGAAAUAAGCAACGAUAUAACAGGUAGGUCUCUGUCCACAGGGGGCGCCAAAGUCAACAUGGACAGAAAAUUCCACAAAGGAGCUUUAAUGUGAAAAUGACACAUUUUUUUGUUUGUUUGUGUAAAUUACAGUCCCAGAAAAUUCUGUUUGUUUGUGUUUGGCUUCAAGCAAUGAUGUAUAAUCUGUAAAUAUCAGACCAAAGAGGUUUAUUGUUGUUAAACUGUGUGCAAGAAAUGAAAAAAGUUUCAGUUUAUUGCUGUAAAUGCACUGAAAAGAGGCACUGUAAGUGUGUGUGUGUGUUUGUGUGUGUUAUUUGUGUGUGUGUUAUCGACACAGGGACAGCACUGUCGAACCGCUGUGGUAUCACAAUGUAAGAGGAAGUGAUUCAAUCCGGCGCUUUUCCUGUGGGACCUGAAGAACGCAGUGACGCUUCAAAAGAGACGCUUUCUUUUUUUUUACACCCUGAAAGGAGCAAAUUUUAAAGACACAACAUCCACAAACACCUUUUUUAAAAUGAACACUGCGCUCUAUCUGAAAAUAGAUUUGUUUGUUUCUGCUUGUUUAAGGUCAAGAAAGUUUGUGUGUCAGCUCUCCUUUACCUCACCCAAGUGCAAUUGUUAAAUGUAUUCCAGUUUGUCUUGUUGCAGGUUAAACUAAACUCUUUGUGCUGCACAUCCUGAAUUGUAGGUGCUGAGUUAUGACUAAUCCCGCUGUAAUGCUGAUUGUUAAUUCGUCGUGAAAUGUGGAAUGUAAAGCUCAGGCUAGAAGUCCAAAAUUAUAUACGUCAUUGUUCAGCAGUGAUAAAAGGAUAGGUGCUCUGCAUCAUGUGUUAAAUUGUGCGUAUAGGUUGGAAAAUACCGGCGUGGUCGGGUCUGAAUGCAGGUGUCAGAUAAAAAUCUCUGCAGGUUCAGUCAACAACAAAAAAAGACGACACAUUUAAGGUCACAGGGGGAUGCAAGCCGGAGACGCUUGAUGUGGAAAACAGAGCAGACGCCUCACUCUUACACUUGCGCUUUGAAUUUUAAUUUGUUUGUGUGCGGCGAAAGAGGGUGCAGCUUUCAGGGUGUGGGACUUCCUGUGAUUUAAAAAUACUGAGGUGUAUUUUCCAGACAGGGGCUUCACGCUUUUCCCAUCACAGCUUCACUCACACUGUGUCAGAUUCUCCGCUUUAAAACACCAGAAACACUGAGAUCAAUAUAUAUAUGUAAAAAGUGAGUAAAAGCCUCUGUCCACACAUUGUUUGAAAUAUGACAAAUACACUCACUCCUUGUGUUGAGACUCUAGUACUGUUGAAUUAUAUCACAGUUAGCUAAUUAACCAUCGAACUACUGCAAUAACUGAUUUUAUAAGACGCCUGUGUUGACACUGUAUGAGUGUAAAAGUGUCGUAUCUUUUAAAAGCACUGAUUUCAUCACGUUUGUAUGCAAACCCUUUUACAACCGAUGGGAAAAUAAAUGUUUUUUAUUACAUAAAGAUA